CGUACGUCAGCGUGCGGCUCGUGACGUGGACUUGCUCCUAAACCCAGACGCCGCUGUUUCACUCGCGGAUCCAACAAGUUAGCUUCCCACUGCGAGACCAACACGACCUCGUACUCCGGAAAACGGUAGAUUUUCACGGUUAUGAAGUGGCGAUUGUGCUGGUGUUGAGAUGGUUUCACUGUGGCUCAGAGAAACCAGGGAGUGAAGAGACGGAAAGAAGAAUGGGCAGGAGCCUCUGGAGCUUCUUCACAGGAGUUUUCUCUACUUCAGUGCUGUAUGGCUCUUUGGCCCUGUUCAUCUCUAUACUGCACAAUGUUUUUCUAUUGUACUACGUGGAGACUUUUGUAUCAGUCUACAAGAUUGAUAAAGUGUCCUUCUGGGUGGGAGAGGCGAUUUUCUUAAUAUGGAACAGUGUAAAUGACCCGCUCUUUGGCUGGUUGAGUGACCACUCCUUCCUCAGCUCUCCCCAGUCAGGCUCUCAGAUAACAUCCCCAGAAGUCGUUUUAAAGCGCCUCAAAGCCCUCUCCAGAAAUGGCCCCCUCUUCGCUCUGUCCUUCUUGGCGUUCUGGGUGGCGUGGGCCCGACCCGGUCUCCAGUUCUUGCUGUGCUUGUGCCUUUACGACGGCUUCCUCACCAUGGUUGACCUCCAUCACAGCGCCCUCUUAGCCGAUCUGGCCGUGUCCGCCUCCGACCGGAAUAGACUCAACUUCCACUGCUCCGUCUUCAGCGCGCUCGGGUCAAUUUCUGUGUUUCUCUCCUAUUCAUUCUGGGACAAAGAAGACUUCUACUCUUUCAGACUGUUUUGUGUGGCCUUGGCAACAUUUUCUGUGCUGGGAUUUUUCUUUGUGUCCCGAUUGUUGCGUCACCGUUUUCAAAAUGAAAUCCGACCAAGACAAGAUGAGACCCAAACACUAAAUGAGUUAAGUGUGAAUUCUCCCCAUAACCAGCCAGAGAAACCUGUCACUGUGGGGCAAUACCUGAGGCAGCUUUCCAGACACAAAAACUUUUUAUGGUUUGUGUCAAUGAACCUUAUUCAGGUUUUUCACUGCCAUUUUAACAGUAAUUUCUUCCCCCUCUUCUUGGAGCACCUUUUAUCUGAUAAUAUUUCUGCCUCGACAGGUUCAAUACUGCUCGGCAUCUCUUACAUUGCCCCUCAUCUGAACAACUUGUAUUUCCUGACACUGUGCCAGCGCUAUGGGGUUUACCAGGUUAUUCGCUGGCUGUUUAUGCUCAAACUGGGACUUAGCCUGGCUAUGCUACUAGCAGGGGCUGACCACAUAUACCUGCUCUGCAUCUUUAUUGCUAGUAAUCGCGUGUUUACAGAGGGAACCUGUAAACUGUUGAAGCUGGUCAUCUCCGAUCUUGUAGAUGAAGACUUUGUUCUCCACAGACGGCAGCAGGCCACCUCCGCGCUCCUCUUUGGGAUGGUGGCGCUGUUGACCAAACCCGGACAGACUUUCGCUCCUCUUAUUGGCACCUGGCUGCUUUGUGUUUACACAGGUUAUGACAUUUUCCAGAGGCAUCCUGAGCAGGACUCGGUGGUCUCAUUGCCUGAAGUUGCCUCCGCUCCCGGGACGCCCCCUCUGCGGAUUGGCUGUUUUUACAUGUUGGUAUUUGUGCCUAUCACCUGUGCCAUUCUCCAGCUCACUGCCUGGUCACGCUUCACCCUCCAUGGACGAAAACUGCAAGGAAUAAAGACUUUAAGACAAGGAACACAGCAAUCCCACCUAAUCGAUGUCAAAGCUAUUUAAAAAACAAACUAGCAGAGUCGAAAUUGCACAUAGACACUUUUAAAAUGUUUCAUUCGACAGUUUAUCAGAUGUUAAAGGUGCACUAUGUAACUUUUUUUUUUGCUUGUUUCUAUGGAUAUGUCAAUGCUCUGCCUAGAAUGUUCCACAAUGUGACAUUAAACAGGUCUACCUUACAUUUAUUCAAUUACAGGUAGUUUUAUAGCUCAAAAAUACCUAGAAAAACAGACAUUCUGACUGUGAGUGUGGUUGCCAAUCCACAGAUCUGACCUGUAACUUGGUCUGGUUUGGUCUCCAUGGUGAUAGAAAGGUUUAAUACCAUACUGUGAAACAUUCCAGAGAAAACAAUAACAUCUCUAUGGAGAAAAGUUACACAAUGCAUCUUUAACCUAUAUUAAAAAAAAUACCCUUAUAAUAGUAACUUACAGAAUACAGAAACCUGCCUUAGUUUUGAUACUAAAUAUUGACUUAUAUUUAUAUUUGAGAAGAUGACCAAAAUACUUGUACAAUCAUAUUUGGAUGUAAAAGAAAGGACCAAGUCUUUAACAUUUCAGUAUGGGCUAAAAAACAUUGCCAUUUUUUUUGUAAUUAAAACAUUAGAAAGCCCGUAAUUCUUUAGUCUGUGAAGAUGUUUGUGUUGAGAUGAAAUAGCGUGAAAUAGGGCGUCGCAGGGAUCUAUUGUUUUACUAUUUAUUUACAUUAACAUAUCUAGUUUGUAUGGUGAGAAUUGUGUUUUUGUACUUUGUCCAGUAUUGGUCAUGUUUUUUGCACAUCACUGCCAUCUGUGAUACUUCUAACACAUUCUUAUUUUUUACAUAUGUCCUAUUUUAUGAUAUAAUGACUUUAAUUUUUAUUUUUGCAUAUUUUAUUACAACGAUUGUGGUGUCUCAAUAAACAUUCAACAAUCUUUAAGAAA